CUCAACGUUACACUUGUUUGAGAUGUUGUAGUUUUAGGGUGCCUUCGAGUAGAUCUAUCCCUACCUCAAGUUGAGCAUGCUAUUAUUCAAAAAUAUCAUGCCUCCUGUACUGCAAGGCCGCAGAGGAGGUCGCCAUGCCCAUUUUCCAGCUUUCCCUAAACAUAAAUCCGAGCGCGGAGUUACGGGUCCCUUUAUCCACACUUGCGUCCCCUCGCUCUAGCCAACACCUCUCGAACAGGUAAGUGAGUGAAUGAAUCCAAAACGUCACGCCUGCUUUACACUAGAGUAGUCCCUUCAUCCAAAAUAUCAUGCCCGUUGUACAACGUUCUUGGUCGAGGAGCCUAUGGAAGAUCUGGCUUCUUCUCAUGGUUCGCCAAGAAACGUGCUGCGCAGAAGUCGUGCUACCUUUAUGUAUGGAAUUCACAAGCUAGUAGCCCACGACACAAUAAUCGAGUGCUUGAGCUUAUGACCAUGCGGUGCUUAUUUAUACGUGGUCUUCCUUUUUUCAGGUUUCUUUAUUUCUUAGUUAGGGCUCUACAACAAUUAUCUUCGAGGCCACUCGGUUUCGGUUAUUUCAGGUAUUUAAGCCAGGCCUUGUCUCAGGAGUGCUACUUCGUGAAGUCACUUACUUGUACUCAAAUAAAGAAUUAUCGAUGAUUAAGAUCAUGUGCAGGAUCCUCUGUGUCCUUGCUAACCUAAAGUUUUUCUCCAACGUACAAUAUAGUUGGAAAGAGUUAACGAGUUCGAUUAGGCGGUUAUAUUAUAUAUAAGUAUAUAAGCACUUUUUUUAAGCACCAAGAAAAUAGCUGGUUAAGCACUUCGCUUCCUUCGGCCUAUUUUUAAUCCCUUCAUUUUUUUAUGCAAAGGAUACUUUAUAAGUAACUUAAAUUGCAAUCCCGCCAAUUUCCGUGUUGGUCUCCCUUUAUAGCAUCUAACUCCCUGUCGAGCUGGGUUUACGCGUGAUGCGCGUUCCUGCGAUGGGACGUGUCCAGCUUGCGAGUGCCUCCCAGGCUUCAAAUGUUGCUGUGCGGCACCGCCAGGAUAUUACUCACUUUAUGAGAAUCGUAAAGGAUAGUACCUUCGUCCAUUACAUAGAGACCACACUUGUACUUUUUCGCAGUUGAGUUCGUUGGCAGAGGAGCCUUCUAUUUCUCUAGCAGCAAAUUAUCCUUGUAAAAGUGCAUAAUAUUGAUAUUCAAAUUUUAUCAGUUCGUUGUACAACUACAACUAUCUAUAAUAGCAUACGACCCCUGGUGGAUUGGGUUUACUUGUACAACUAUAUAUGAUCUAACUAAAAGUUCUCAUACACCAACCUCUUGUCAGGCAUAUCUUCAUAUCUUCCAGCACUGUUCUCUUUGCUUCAAGGCUUAUUAUCAGUUCGUUGUACAACUAUCUAUGAUAAGCACAAGAAGAGUGGAGCUGUUACUCUAAAUCAUAGGCGAUCGUGCCUUGGUAUGUCCUGGCGGGACGUUUCAGGAUUAAGGCCUAGUCCACGAUCUCUAUCCCUCAGCCGUAAGACGCCUCCCAAUACAAGCGACAUAUUCGUUUGUUUGAAAUACAAAGCGAUGAAACCUUGGCGCAUAUUCGUUUGUUUGUUGUAAAAAGAAGAUAUCGACGCACUUUGGUUUUCUCUCUUGACAGGAGAUUGUUUUCCACACCAACAACGGUAAGCUGCGCAACCUGAACAAGGACAAGUAAGUAGUACUACAACGAGGGGAAUUAGAAAUUCUCGAGGGAUAUUUUUUUUCCACACGGAAGAUCCAUGAAUUGGGGAGACUCUAACAAGAUGCUUACGGGCAAUCCGACUGCAAGCCAUGCCCACCCACGCGAAAGACGUCAACCGGAGCUAUCGAAGUUAUCAGUUACAAACCAUUGAAAACGGUACUGCAUUAUGACUACAUGAACUACAUAUGGUGAUCGAACAGACUGGAAUAUGUGUCACCUCGUGCUGGGCUCAAUUUGAACUGUAGGUGCAUUUUUAAACAAUUAGAAAAAACGGCGCAAAUACAUUAAUUCUCCAUCACAAAACACCAGCGUUCGCCUCCGCGUGGGGAGAUCGUACCGAAAACGGUGCAUGAGUGCUUUCAUGCCGAAUGUGGGGUCCGGGAUGCGACAGCUUUGCCGAAGACAUGCGCCUCUCCUUCAGAAAUUCAUUCAGCGAUGACUCAAAGCGUUGUUGAUUUAUGACUUGACUUGACUUCACGCCUUCUGUUACAUCGAUAAAUAUACUUGUGCGAGAGGCUGAAACUCUAACCGAAUCAUAGAAGAUGGUUUAGUUUAUUUUAGAAGGAGGCUUUAAAUUCAUUUACAUUUUUUCAGAAGAAGCGUUUCUUUGUUUCGACUUACCGCUUACGAGAUUACUUCCAUAACCAUAUGACUGCUCAAAAAAGAAGUAUAUUUACUGACUCCGUUUGGUCGUGUGGCCAGUACCUGACUCUUUCUUCUAAUUAUUUCAGUGGAAUGAGUGAUUCGUCUGUGAAUAAGUGCGAGGACGUAAGUUUACUUUCUUAAGAUGAACGGGAUCUACAAAUAGAACUUCAAAUUUUCUUUUCUUUUCUAGUUUUUUGUUAGUUUGGAGUAUAUUAAACUUCAAGUUAAUUUUCUAGUUAUUUUCCCUCACCCUCUAAUCCAUUCCGUUUGGUGUGGGCAGUAUCUGGGUCUAACGGGUGCGAGUACCUUGGUCGCGCAGUGCCAUUUUGCGGUGGGGAAAGGCGUCAGCUUUACUUCAUUAGGCUCAAGAAUAGGGAGGAAUAAUCUGGCUUCAUCCUUGUUAGUCAUGUUUCUAUUCUUGCAUCUGUUGGCUUGUUCGUCGUUCUCAGGGGUAAAUGCGUUUUCAUUUUCUAGGAGGUAUCUAUAUGUAUAAUCAGAAAAAUGAUGGGGUGUAAUUGGAAGCAGGAUGUGGAAGUAUUUUCAGACGCCUUGAACUUGAUCAUUGGGGCCAUAAUAGCAGCCAUUGAGUGUGGCCCUGAAAAUAUCGACAUGAUGAGGGUCAGCAAUGUUGGUGUGUUCCUUUUUGCCACAACUUCCUUUCUUGCUCCACUUACGUUCGACGUAGUGUAGUGAGUGCAUACCUCCUAACGCAAACACUCUUAACUAACACCUAAGUACUUCAUGUUACUACGGACCUCUACACACCCCUUGUUCUACAUAGAAGAAAAGCAAUGAUGCUGAUCCCCUUCUUGCUCCUAAAAUCAUAAGGAAACUGAUGCUCCUCCUGGUGCCUGCACACGACCAGGAAGAAGUUGCUGCUCCGUACAAUUUAAUACAACGAAGAUCAAGAAGCAGACUCCCCAAAAAUCAUCAAGGCCAGACUCAAU